CGACCACCAUCAUCUCAAGAUGCCCCCUCGCAAGAAGGCAGAUUUCGACGCGGCCCCCGCGGUGCCUACGCGCCAGAGCUCGCGUAUCAAGGCCGCCGCGGCAGCUGCACCGCCGCCUGCGCCUGCGCCGCCUGUGAAGAAGGCCCCAGCGAAGAAGGCGGCGGCGAAGAAGAAGGAAGUGGAAGAGGAGGAGGAGGAAGGUGAAGAAGAGGAAGAGACGAAGCCUAAGGCACGGUCGAGAGCUGGGUCAAGGGCUGGGUCUAAGCCACCUUCGACUACCAAGGCAAAGGCUCCGGCGAGGAAGCCUGCUUCCAAGGCUGCGGCCAAGAAGACGGUUGAGGAUGUACAGGAGGAGGACGAGGAGGAGGAAGAGCCGCAGCCAAAGUCGAGGUCUCGCGCAGGCUCGAGGGCAGGUUCGAAGCCCCCUUCGACCACGAAGCCGCGCGCCACGUCGAAGAAGCCGGCCACAAAGGCUGCUGCGAAGAAGACGGUGGAUGAUAUUGCGGAAGCUGAUGAGGAAGACGAGGAUGAGCUCGAGGCGGAUGCGGACCAGGAGACAGAUGCGCAGCCAACGGGGAAGCGGCGGUCGCCGAAGGGCUAUCGCGCGAGGGCCAAGCCCAACUCCGACGCGAAGGCAAAGCCCAAGUCAGAUACGAAACCCAAGUCGACGGGCAAGCGCGCCCGCGCUGUCACCCCGUCCGACGAUGAGGACGAGCAGCAGGCGAAAACGGCGAGCAAGAAGGCGAAGAAGGCUGCUGCUGUGGACGAUGAUGCGAUGGACGAGGAUGACGAGCCGCCGGCGAAGAUGGUCUCCGUCCUAAAGCGCGGCGCCGCCCCCGUGGACCCGGAAUCCGGGAAAGUCUCCACUCACCAGGUCUAUGCGAAUGCCGAGGGCGUCUGGGACGCUAUGCUCAACCAGACUGAUAUUGGGGCGAAUAAGAACAAGUUCUACGUCAUCCAGCUGCUUCACCCUAUCGAUAACGAGAGUUCCUGCUGGCUGUACACGCGCUGGGGCCGCGUCGGUGAACGUGGGCAGAGUCAGCUGAAGGGUCCCUGGCCUCCGGCUACCGCGGUGAGCGAGUUCAAGAAGCAGUUCAAGGCGAAGGCGGCUGUGCCCUGGGAGCAGCGCGUGGGUAUGGUGGCGAAGAAGGGCAAAUACUUCUGGCUGGAGCGCGACUUCGGUGACGAGGACAAGGCCGAGGAGCCGAGCAAGAAGGGUAAGGGGAGGAAGUCAGAGCGCGAGGCGACGCCGAUUCCUGAUAGCAGCCUCGAUGCGGAGGUGCAGGAUCUGUGCAGGCUGAUUUUCAAUACUGCCCUCAUCGACGCGCACCUCUCCUCUAUGAACUACGACGCGAACAAGCUGCCACUCGGCAAGCUCUCGAAGAACACGAUCCUGCAGGGCUUCUCCGCACUCAAGCAGCUCGCGGACGUGAUCAAGGACCCGAACGGCGAGGUCGCGAAGGCGAAUGGCGGCCAGAGGGCGGCGAUUGAGCAUUUUAGUGGGGUGUAUUAUUCGAUCAUCCCGCACGCAUUCGGCCGCAACCGCCCUACGCCGAUUGGCGAUGAGAGGGUGUUGAAGGCGGAACUCGACCUCGUUGACGCCCUCGGGGACAUGGAAGUCGCCUCCAAGCUCAUCAGCUCCAGCACCCCGCGCGACGAAUCCGGCGCGCCCAUGAACCCCCUCGACGCCAAGUUCCGCUCGCUCGAGCUCACGCGGAUGGAGCCCAUUGCGCGCGCCAGCGCCGAGUUCGCCGCGCUCGAGGCGUAUGUGAACAAUACGCACGGCGCGACGCAUCAUUUCCGGGUCGGCGUAAGGCAUAUAUAUCGGGUGGAGAGGGAGAGCGAGACGGUGGCGUGGAAGAAAGCUGGGUUUGAUCGGUUGGGGGAGGGCGAGAGGAUGUUGUUGUGGCAUGGGUCGAGGACGACGAAUUUUGCGGGGAUUUUGAAGCAGGGGUUGAGGAUUGCGCCGCCGGAGGCUCCCGUUACGGGUUACAUGUUCGGCAAGGGCGUGUACUUUGCGGAUAUGAUGUCCAAAUCCGCGGGCUACUGUUAUAUGGGACUGAGCGGUCAAACCGGUCUCCUCCUACUCUGCGAAGUCGCUGUCAAGCCCUUCUACGAGCGCUACGACGCCGAAUACGACGCGGACAAGGGGUGCAAGAAGGCCAAUGCUUUGGCCACGAAAGGUAUUGGCCGCACCCAACCCGUCAACUGGAAGGACGCGGGCGAGGUCCUCGGCAACGACGCGCUCAAAGGCUGCCAUAUGCCCGAUGGUCCGUGCGAUAACAAUGCGGACCCGAAGGCGUAUUUGCAGUAUAAUGAGUACAUCGUCUACAACACGGCGCAGAUCCGUGCUCGGUAUUUGUUGAUGGUGGAUCAGAAGUAGGGUUGUGGUAGAGUCGAUCUAGUAUUGCGAAUGAAUUCUCUG